ACCUUUAGGCUCUCAAAGCUGCGCAAACUGAUCCCGGUGACGCAGUUAGGCGCUUCCCUGAAUGGACCGGGACAAUCCCUCAGAUUACAGCUUGACCCACAGGAUUUGUGCACCUGACUCGACCGGAAACAGUCAGAGAUGAACCAACGCUGAUGUAGAUUUAUUUUAUCUUCCUGGAUACAGUUAGGAAAUAAGAUUUUAGUCACUUUUAGGGGUUUAAUUGAUGCAGGUAAGACUGUAAUAUCUCCAUGUGAGGCUUUCAUAGCGGAUUUUACGCAGAUAUUCCGGCUGAAUUACGCAGAGGAUGUGCUGUUAACAGAAAUCUGAGUUUACCACCAGCUUAUAAUGAAUGAUAUUCCUGCUUCCGGUGGAAACUUCGGCUAUAAUCCUCGCAGAUUUCCGCGCACAGAUGGAUUGCGUCCUGACCGUCAACCGGGGACGCCACGGUAUGUAAACUGGAUGAACUCCGCUGCUAUGUUUGCGCCUUUUUUACUGAACUGAAUCUGGCAAGAGAGCGCCAAAAUGAGGAAAGUUGUUCUGAAAGAAGCCGCAAAGCGCUUCCCCUGGCUGGCGAACGUCACCCUGUACGGCUGCCUGUUCGCCGGCGGGGAUUUGGCGCAUCAGCUGAUUGCGCACAGAGAGCGCAUCGACUGGAAACACACCCGCAACGUGGCCAUCGUGGCCAUCACCUUCCAGGGAAACUUUAACUACUUCUGGCUGCGAGCUCUGGAGAAACGCUUCCCCGGAAAAUCCGCAGGGAUGGUUUUCCGCAAACUGCUGCUGGACCAAAGCUUUGCGUCACCUUUGGCCACCAGCGUCUUCUACACAGGUGUGAGCUUCCUGGAAGGAAAGGAAGACAUCCUGGAAGACUGGAGGGAGAAAUUCUUUAACACCUGGAGGACUGGACUCAUGUACUGGCCCUUUAUGCAGUUUCUGAACUUUGUCCUGAUGCCGCUGCACAUGCGGACCGCCUUCAUGGGCUGCUGCGCCUUCCUCUGGGCCUCCUUCCUGUGUUUCUCCCGGCAGGACGGCGACGGCACCGCCACCGUGGCCCUGGCCUUCAUCAUGGACCCCCGGAAAACUCUAGAGGAGAUGCGUGAGGCUCGGCUGGCCCGGAAGAGGCAUAAAAUUCAGAGGGAAAACUGAAUUUUUCCGUCUAUAUCCGUCUCAAAUGCACACAUGCAGCAACAAAUCAGACAGGAAGUGUCUGAUAAGACUUCAGCUUUAUUAAACUCCAUGAAGUUAUUGAAGAACCCAUUUCUUCACAGAGCCACUGGAAUGUCAAGAAAUAACUGUUUAUUGAGUAAAAUUGGUGUCAGGCAGCUAAAAAAAAACAAAGGCAAAUGGCAGAAUUAUGAUAAGGCAGCCAGAAAAAUCCAUAAGUAGAUUCGAUUUAGACCAAAUGAGGGAAAAUGUCCAAACACUUUGAUCCAGAAAUUAGGUUUUAGUCUAAUAAUUGGAGUUUACUGCUAGAGAACCAAAAUGACAAAUUGGGCGCAAUUAAAAACUCUAAGGCUUAAUAGUUUCUGUUUUUCACCAGCUGUGCCUUUACCCGGUGAUGUGACUGCCAUAAUCUGCAGUAAUCCAUCAAACAUGUGAUUAAAUUCUAGUUUGUGUCAUGGAUCACAAACUUAAUGCUUGAAAAUCCGUUUUUUAUCUGGAAAGUAUGAAGCUUAGAAAAUGUAAGCAGAAAUCAAAAAAUACUCAUGAAUUCAAAGUAGGAUUGGGAGAUUAUUUGUUAAUAAUCAAUGAAUAAAGCAGAUUACAGGCCAUGAAGGAUAAAUGUGGAUUUGAAAAAAUUUUAAAUAUCUAACCAACCGCAGAUUUUUAGGUGUGUAAAAAUCUUAUUUUCUGUGAUUUGCUGAUAAACUUAAAAUAUAAAACAGCCACAUUCACUUAAAAUAAAACAAAUAUAUACUAAUUAAGUUAGGUUUAUGAGUAAAUCAGCAUGAGUUUUACUCAUGCUUCAAAAACAGAAAUAUAUAGUCAAAUUCAGUAGGGUCUUUGUAUAAAGUCACUUGGAUGCAUUCAAUCUGUUAUAACCUGUUCAGUGUUAUAAAACAAAGCAAUCACUUUAUAAUGCCAGAAAGUAAAAAAGUAGUCAUAAUACCAAAUGAGACCCAGUAUCCUUUAUUUACAUCCUAUUCCUCUUUAUUUUGACUUUUAGCCCAUUAAACUCCCUUUAAGUCUAACUACUUAUUUAACCACAAAACUGUGGCUUUUCACCCAUAUUUCUGGUCAAAACUGAACACUUUGUGAACUAACUGUCCAAUUUGAAGUAAAAAACAAAACAAAAAAACAGCAAUAAUGUAAUUCACCAUUAUUUGCAAUGUAAACUACAAAUGUAUCAGCUACAAACACUGAGUUCCCCCGUUUCUGUAGAAAUCUGAAGCUACUCUACCUUAUUACUUGAACCGUCUGACUGGUUGCCAUCAGCCCAUAUACCUUAUUGUGUUCUUACCUGAGCCAGACUCAAAGACUGUUUUUUUGUUGCUGAAUUUUAGCAGAAAGGAAAACAUACGGGUAAAAUUGGACGGGUAUUUAUUUAUUUUAUUAGUCUCAUUAUCUCCUUUUCAAGGGAAACUGUAACCUGUAACCAAUAAACCGGUCCAACAGC